AUGUACGGUCAACCGCCCCAGUCCGACUCUUCUCAGCCAGAAUGGCGACUCUCCCCACGCCCCGCCAGGAAUGAUGCGCCUCUGCCUCCACCUCCACAACCUCCACGUCCAACCAGCUCAGUCUAUACGCCAGCUACUUAUGGUCCGAUCUCAGGUUCGAAUACUGUAUCACCAAUAACCCCUCAUUCAGGGUCAGGAAAUGAUCCAAGGACGUGGGGGGUGCGAUAUAAUCAACAUCAACACAUCCACCCCAUUCAUGCCCCGCCUCCACUGCCGCCUCGACCAUCGAGUACAAACGAGCAACCAUAUGCCUAUACUUAUUCCCAACCAUUCUCCCCGCCACCGCCGCCGCCACCACCACCACCCCCCGCACCCACAUCAGCUCCGGUCGUCGACACCCACUCCGCACCUACAACACAUGGCUACGAAUCUUUUGGAGAUGCUCAGUCCCCAUCAACAACUAGCACUAUCCCACCGCCAUAUGUACCUUCGCACGGAGCCCCUGCUCCUAUCGUUCCGGCCCCGCCCCCGAAAAUUCCUCAGGGGUAUCAGUAUGCACCAGUUCAUCCGCCUAACCCAAUAGGGCAGCCCCCAUUGCUUGCCCAGGGUGCGGGUCCUGCUGCCACGCAAGGCUCCUACGAAUUUCGGCCCCAAAGGAUGAUGAGUAUAGCUCCCCAGACAAGCUCAUCGGCUUUGGGGCCAGGGACCCCGUCCGAUUGGGAACACCUUGGUCCAACCCCCGGUGAUUUUGAUGAUUCGGCAUGGUUUCCACCCAGACAACCGGAACCGAUUCCCCAAGAGGUCAUUCAAACCCCUCCGGGGUUUUCGUCCGGUAUACCUACUCCCGGCCCUACUCCUGCCCCUACGACCGGUCGGGAGAAUCAUGCCGCCAAUCCUCUUCCACAUGUAGAUACCAACUAUCAUUACCAGCACCGAUAUCAGCAGGCUGCCCCACCUGCGGAAUAUCAAUUUGAUCAAACGCGCCGACAUGACUCAGUUUCGCCUAUUAGUCCUAUGACUAUGUUGGGUGCUCAGAAUCCCCCGCCUCCUCCAGCUCGAAUGGGUAGUACCAGCUCAGGCACAUCCAUGAGAAGCCAUGCUGACAGUAUCGACAAUGUCAUCGAUGCAUGGGUGAAGCCUCUGGCGCCUACCCCUCGAACAAGCUCAUCUAACCAGGCCGAUGCGCCAUCUCGUUUGGAUCCUCCAACGGAUACCUCACAGGAGGCGUCUGAGAACAAUUUGAAGACCCCCGUCGAAGUCCCGCCACCUCCUCAGAAUAUUCAGCCCCCUGUUCAGGACCAAAUAGCAAGUCCAGGCACAACAGCUCCAGCGGAACCUCAAGCAGCCCUUCCAGCAAUCAAAGCUGUAGAUCCAUAUGAGGACCUCGAUCCAUGGUUCAAGUCCUCUCUCACUCGCUAUGUCGCUACUUUGCGCAAAGAGGCAGUCGCUGACUCGGAUGAAGAGCGCUACAAGAUAUUCACGGCGUUCAUGGCAAAGGAAGCCAAGCUCCGCGAGAUCCUCUACAAUAUUGAACCAGAGCCACAACAACCCGAGCCAUCCCCCCCGUGUCUCCGCGCCGUCACGACGAUUGAUCGAACUUCGACUUAUGAGUCAGGUCUCAUUCCGGUGGAGACAGAAGACACAGUGCCCCCUACGCCAAGCACUGUCACAGAUGAAGGCAACGACAUGGAUGACGUGGUAAGCGAGUAUAGCGCCGGUGGGCGGCCUAUUUCCGCCAAGCGAGCACGCCGAGGAUCUCAAUGGACGCCAAAGCUUUCUAGUCUAGGCCCCGAAGAGAACCCGACGACUCGCCUUUCCAAGAGUUCUCUGGCCCAGCUGUCAGAGGAGAACGCACAGGCACAUGACUUGGCACCUCUCACGAUAAACCCUCCGCGGCCUAUCUACACGCCUUUUCGGUAUACCGAGGGUCCUCAGCGAGGCUCGGAUAAGCUUUCCUUUGGUCGUCCCGCCUACCAGGCCUACUCUGAUCUACGCGCAUCUGCUGUGAAUGGUCGAAUUAUGUCAAAUGCUCCGCCACCUACAAGUCGCUCUCGGUCGGCCACCUUAACUUCUCCCGCUCAGAACGAGAAUGAUGAGACUUUCCUUGGGAUUAUUCGUCACAAGAGCUCUGCGUACUUAGAAACAGCAGCCAAUCGAAAGUCUAUGCCGGCUGCCCUAUUGCCGGAAGCUCUCCGCCAAGAACAAGGGAAGCCAAACGUUGUCGAAGAACUGCGUGCGAUGGUUUGGACGCCACUCGACAAGCAGUCCGAAAGUUCAUGGCAUGUCACUAUCCGAGAGGGCCUCGAAAAGUUGCCCGAUGAUUUCUCGUAUAUCCAACAGACCAUCGAUGAGUGGGAAAAUGCUGCAAAGACUCGGAAACAGACUCUCGAUCAGGAACGCACAGUCCGCCAAGAAGAGUCCGAGGAGCAGAUCGACAAGCUUUUCAAUGAAAAAGAGAUCGGCUAUGCGGACAUCAAUACAUUAGAAGAGGACUUCAGACAAACAGAGGCUCGCGUUCAGCUGGACGAAGAGCGGCAAGAUGUUGAGAACUUCGUCUCCCAGGUCUUUAACCCGCUGGAUGAGCGACUCAAGGAAGAGAUUUCUGCUCUUCGCAAGUCCUAUGACUCCGCGCUCCAGCAAUUGGAACGGGACCAGAAGGGCAAGAACUCGCCCGUUGAGCAGUGUAGCCCAUCCGUGACGAUGAAGAUGGUCAAUGAGACACACAGCAAAUUGGAACUUCGAUUCCAGAAGCGACUGGAGAUUGCUCUAGACUGCGAGCGCCGUCGUAAGAAGGCCGAGCGCCGUCCGCUGGUUUUCAUGGGCGACAUGGCCAGUCUCCGCAAACUAGACGGAGAUUUCGAUCGAAUGGAAAAGCGUAACAUUCUGGAAGCCGCCAAGGACCGCGACGACCGUGCCAAUCGCUUGAUGGACUCCUUCGAUGAUGCAAUCUUACACGGCUUAGGUAUGAAUCAGAGUUUACUGGACGAGCUUGUAUCGAAAGUCGCCCAUCUGGAAUUCACAACCCUCCGCGCAUCCGGCGUUCCGGAUUCUGAACUUGAACAGAUCCUCAAGGCCACCGCGACCUUCGCUACGUCGCUUCGCGCCGAUUCCGAGGCCAUCUUGCGCUGCUCAGGAAUUGCCGACAUGGCUCUCAACGAUGCCGAUUACAACGUCUCCGUCGCCGAAGCACGCUAUGCCAAUUCGGACACGGAAACCUUCGGCCGACUGGAGGAUGAGAAGAAGAAGGAAGAUGCGAUCUUGGAGACUGAUCUGAAUUCCAAAUUGCAAAGUAUUAAAAAGUCGCCCGCGGAUAUCGAAGCGAACGUUCAACGCCUUCUCCAGACGUUGGCCGAUGCGCCUCCUGCUGCGCUGUCUCCAAAAUUUGCGCCGGCCAGUCAGCCUAUUGAUGUCACUCCCCUGGAACUUCGCCCAGGCACAGCAGCCCCCAGUCGAACACCGGCUUCUCUUGCGCCUCCUGCGCUAUCUCCAAAAUCUGUGCCGGCCAGUCAGCCUAAUGAUGUUCCCCCUCCAUUGGAACUUCGCCCAGGCGCGGCGGCCUCCAGUCGCACACCGGCCCCUCCGUCGGCCCCUCCGGUGGCUUCUCCACCAGCUCAGGUUGAUCGAGCUUCCGGUGCGGAGUCAGAGCAUCAAGAAAGGUUACGCAGGGCUCUGGAGCAAGCCAAGAAACGUAACGCGGCUAGGAAUCCAUGA